AUGCUGCUGCUCGUCGACUUCUCCAUUGUCUGUCUGCUGGUCUACUCUCUUGAGCCGCUCAUCACGCUUCUGCGCCGCAACGACGAGCUCUUCAGCCCGCGCAUCACUAUCCCUCGCAACUCCUCCUGGAGCUCCUUCGACGACGACGACAUGAGCCACCCGCGAAUUCCUCGAAUUCUGCACCAGACUACGCCCAACACCACGAUUCCUGAGAAAUGGGCCCAGUCGCAGGGCAGUUGCCGAGAGACAUAUGCCGACUUUGAGUACAUGCUGUGGACCGACGAGUCAGCUCGCGACUUCAUCUCUACUGAAUACCCCUGGUUUGUCGAGAACUGGGACGGCUAUGCCUUCCCCAUCCAGCGCGCCGACGCCAUCCGAUACUUUGUCCUCCACCACUACGGUGGCAUCUACCUCGACAUGGACACCUUUUGCAACGAAACCCUUCCCCUGGAGGAGCUCGAGAAGGGCCCUGGCCCUCACUACGCGCUCUUCAAGUCGACUCUGCCGACCGGUGUCACCAACGACUUUAUGGUCACCACCGCUCGACACCCAGCCUACGCCGCUGCCAUCUCUAAGCUGCCUAUCUUCUACGACAUUACUCGAUUCUGGGCCGAGAUCCAGCCGUAUGCCAACAUUAUGAUGUCCUCUGGACCGCUGUUCCUCAGUCUUGUUGUCAAGGACUACUUGCUGGGACAGCCCUCACUGCCGUCGCCAACAGUUCAGGUCAUUGAUCCACCCGAACUGGGGUCGUACAUCACCGACCUCGAGAGCGCCACCUGGCACAAGGCAGAUGCCCACGCUCUGAUGUGGCUGGGCACCCGACCAUGGACCUGGUUCCUUGCGGGAGCCGUUGGCCUGAUGAUCGGCUUAUACUUUAUCAACUACCUGCUGCUGCUGAUUUGCGAUACUUUCCUUCGCAAGGUCCCAUCCAUAACCUACGCCAUCAAGGAAAGCAAGUUGGCAUAA